AGUGCUGCCACUCCGUGCGGUCAUGUGACUGACCUGGCUCUUCUGCCGUGUGUGGGAUCUUUCUGUCUCCGGCUGACUUCCUGUAGUUGCUCUGUUCUCACCAUGAGAGGAUCUGUCAGGCGCUCGACCUUAGUGCCCUCAUACUGGCGCUGCCGUUGUGCUGCGUGAGCGCCCCCUCUCCUCCAGCAGUUACUGCACGGAAUGGCAUCUUUGGACCUGCCAUACCGCUGUCCUCGCUGCGGGGAGCACAAGCGCUUCCGAAGCCUGUCAUCCUUGCGUGCCCACCUGGAGUACAACCACACAUACGAGACCCUUUACGUCCUCUCCAAAUCCAACAGUGUAUGUGACGCCGCUGCUCUGCUGCCCCUAGUGGCUGAGGGAGCUCUCCUCACACCCGCCAACAACAACGCCCCUUUUGAGCCACUUCGGCCUUCAGCUUUAAAGGAGCGGCGCUUCCCUUGCCGUGAGCUUCCUUGUGCAGAAGACCUGAGUUUGACCCCGGCUAACUCCAACACUGCAGCCCGGUAUAUUCCUAAUGUGGAGUUUCCCCUGGGGGAGAUUUUUAUGAAGAAAGCCAUGACAUCCACAGAUCCAGGUCCCCAUGGAAACCCAAGCACAGCUGUAGCGGUGGCAGCUAAUGUAGCAGCCAGUGCAGUGGAAGCAGCUUAUGAGGAAGGCCUGGCCAGGCUGAAGGCGCGGGCGUUUGAGCGGCUGGAGUUGGAUGAGAGGCUGGAGAAGCUGUCUGAAGAGGUGGAGCAGAAAAUUGCAGCCCGUGUAGGUCGUCUUCAGGCAGAGCUGGAGAGGAAGAGCUCGGAGCUGGAGCGGGCCAAGCAGGAGAGCGAGCGGCUGAGCCAGGAGAAACAAGACCUGGAGGACAAGGCCUCAGAGCUUUCUCGCCAGGUGGACGUCUCUGUGGAAAUGCUGGCCAAUCUCAAGCAGGACCUGGUGAACAAGGAGACAGAGCUGAAUCACAAACAGCAGGAAGUCGCCCAGAUCGACCAGUUCCUCCAGGAGACGGCAGCCCGUGAAGCCAACGCUAAGGUGCGCUUGCAGCAGUUUAUUGAAGAGCUUCUGGAUCGAGCUGAUCGUGCCGAAAAACAGCUGCAGAUCAUCAGCAGCUGUGGCACCACACCGAAUGGCAGCCUGGGACGCUGCAGCCUGCAGGCCUCAAAAGGCAAUGGACGCCAGAGAAACUCAAGCAUCUCUGGGAGCACGAGGGGAAUGUACCAAGUGUCAGAGAGACGUUCCUCCCCCAGCACAGGAGCAUCAGGGAGGAUCAAGUCUGCCUCGCAAGGCUCUGGAGGUUAUGACAGUGACAGUGUUGAGAUGCAUCCCAUGGAGGACUGUCCUGAGGCUCAGUAUUAUCACAUGCAGUGCCGGUUGGGUGAGGGGGGUUACGAACGCUCACCCGGAUGCGGCUCAAGAAACUGGGGUCUUCGUAAACAGGCUAUCCAGAACUGGCAGCGGCGACCUUACAGGAACAGUACAGAAGGCGAGGAGGGUGAUGUAUCUGAUGUGGGGUCCCGAACCACCGAGUCUGAAGUGGAGAUGUGGGAGCAAGAGAGGAGGGCUGUUGCUGAAGUCCAGCAGUCUGCUGCGCCCUAUCCUCACCACAGCAGGGCAUUAUACCGCCCCAACACAGGUCGGUCUGAAGGCGUCUACAGCAAGCCGUGUCGACAUGAAAAGAGCCCGUCCAAAUCCAAUGAGGUGAUCAGUCCAGAGAUCCUGAAGAUACGUGCUGCCCUCUUUUGUAUCUUCACCUACCUGGAUACUAAGACCCUGCUGAGAGCAGCAGAGGUCUGCCGCAAUUGGAAGUUUGUGGCUCGCCACCCAGCCGUGUGGACCAGAGUGCUGCUAGAGAACGCUCGCAUUUCUUCCAAGUUUCUUAGCACAAUGUCUCAGUGGUGCACUCAGACGCACUCUCUGAUCCUGCAAAACCUUAAACCAAGACAGCGGGGCAAGAAGGAAACCAAGGAGGACUACCUGAAAAGCACACGUGGCUGUCUGGAGGAAGGUCUGGAGGCGUUGUUAAAGGCCACAGGAAGUAACCUACUGAUACUGAAGAUUUCUCACUGCCCCAACCUGCUGACUGAUCGCUCCCUUUGGCUGGCCAGCUGCUACUGCCGAGCCCUUCAGGCUGUAACGUACAGGAGUGCCACAGAUCCAGUUGGUCAGGAGGUGAUCUGGGCCCUCGGAGCAGGAUGCAGAGACAUUAUAUCCCUACAGGUGGCGCCACUACAUCCAUGCCAACAACCUGCUCGCUUCAGUAACCGAUGUCUGCAGACCAUUGGAAGGUGCUGGCCACACCUCCGUGCUCUUGGUGUGGGUGGUGCUGGAUGUGGGAUCCAGGGACUGGCCUCACUGGCGAGGAACUGCAUGCGCCUGCAGGUGUUAGAGUUGGACCAUGUGAGCGAAAUCAACCAGGAGGUGGCAGCAGAGGUUUGCAGAGAGGGUUUGAAGGGCCUCGAGAUGCUGGUGCUCACCUCCACACCAGUCACACCGAAAGCCCUGCUCCACUUCAACAGUGUUUGCCGCAACCUCAAAUCCAUCGUGGUUCAGAUCGGUAUAGAAGACUACUUUGAGGAUCCGAACAGCCCAGAAGCUAGAAAACUGUUUGACGAGAUGGUUAACAAGCUGCAGGCUCUCAAGAAGAGACCUGGCUUCUCCAAAAUCCUCCAUGUGAAAGCGGACAGUCUCUGCUAACAUCUUUUGUGCAGGUUCAAGUCUUGGAGAGGUGCCAUCAUGGCUCCAGUCAGUCAAAAAGACCCAGCUGUUCCUGGAGUUGAAUGCAUCUGCAGCACCAUGAAGAAGUGGGAGCGAGGCUCAGUGUGCAUAUUGCUAAAGUACAAAUCUAAGACCAAAAAACUUGAUACAAUAAUCUCAUUAAUAUUGGUUAGUCAGUUUGACUUGCAGCGGCACUAUGUAUCAGAAGAAGGGCCUGUUUUAAACUUUACAAACUCAAGAAACGCAACAGCUUACAGAAUUUUCAUUUGCGGUAACCUUUUGCUUUUCUCAUAAAAGUGGAUUGUUUCAGUGCACAGAGCAGCUCCCUUUUCUCGCAACCACUGAACCCACAUGACAGCGCCGUGUUUAGCUGCCUGCCCACAGCUCGAUGUAGACUAACGCCAACAGCUGAUGGGCAGGAGAACAAUUAUAAAGCAUACAUUUCCACAGAACAUGCAAAUGCGGUGGGUUUCUCGGGACAGCUCGACUUCUCUCAUACAAAGGAACAUUGUGUUUGUGUCUGCGUGGAUGACUGAAUGCAUACAUAGAUGGACAAAGUACUGGAUGAUUUUCAUCAAGCCCCCCCUGCACUGCUGUACAUUGACACUGGACAAUGGAUGACUUUGAACACUUACUGCUUCCAACAAGGACAGAAAUAUGCUGCACCAGCUUCAGACUCCAUGGACAGAACGUAAGGACAGCCACACAGAGCUUCAGUCUUCUAGACACUGCAUGGCAGUGAUGCAUUUUGCCUCCUCUUCUACCAUCCUGUUUUCAUAUAUAUAUAUAUAGGAAGAAAAAACAUGUCACAAAUCUGGUGUUUUUGAUCAUAUCUGGACCUGUUUGUCCCAGAAAGCAGGAUGUAAUAUCUGAUGUUACUGGUGCCAUUCGUAACAGUGUCCUCCUCAUUCCAGUGAGCGUUUUCUCCGAUGUGCCAUUAACGUGGGAAAGAGGGACCAGAUGUUUAAUCACUUCAAUCAAAAGCAGUAUUGAAGUUUGAUUUAAAUGUGUGCAGCUGUCAGUGAAUUUAAGGUGUUGUGUUUCAUAUGGGACAAAAUCUCCAGGUGUAUGCAGGUGUUUUAGUGUUUGGACAUCAUCUGACUUUCUUUGUUUACCACACUAACCAGUGCCAUUCAUGUUCACAGGACUUCUUGUGGCCAAUCUCUUGUGCAAUCCUAAUUCGUAUUCGGAAACAUUAACAUCCUCUGGCUCCCUCUGCUGGUGAUUCCAUGCAGAUGCAGAGCUGACGUGCAGCUGGUGUGAUGUGACACUUGUACCCUUUGCAGCAUGGAACAAGUAUCACCGUUACUAAUUUGCAGGCAUAAGAGAUCAGGUCUUCAGUAUCACUUUUAAAUCCAAAAAGCGACCUGACUGCAGUUUAGUGUAUGUUGCAGAAAUUCUCAAGAAGUAUGAGUAGCAAUACCUACAGUAGUUGAGCUUACUGUUUACUCUUCUGUGCUGCAGAUAACUUAAAAGGGAGUUCCAGUGAUUUUUUUAAUACAGCCAGAUCACUCACACACAGCACCACUCAGCCUGUGAAAACAGUACCUUAAUAUAUCUGGAGGCUCUGCAGGAGCUUUGUCAUUUCUGAGAAAAUAGAAAUUGCGAUCUGGUAGUUAUCUCACAUUCCUAACAGAAAACCUGGGAUCUAAACUGUGGGUGGAAAAAAAAUGUAGGUGGUUACCAAAAAACUGAAUUAAGGAGUGCUGGGAUGGAGUUUUAUUUGAUUUUUUUGGAACUUGAAGAUACUAUGGACCAAAAUUCUGCUGCACUGAAUUUUAAAUGUCUCUGAGUCCCACGACUUGAUCAAAGUGCAAUACUAAACCUCUAGAGCUCCAAACAGAGCUCUCAAUCAGAUUUAAAGAGGACCUAUUAUGCUCAUUUCACUUAAGUUCAAUUCAUUUUGUUUUGUUUUGUUUUUUGUGUGUAUAGUGCCAGUUCACAACAACAG